GUCAUCUUAACCCCAUCUCGUUUCCAAACUAAUACCUAGUAAGGGCUUCUAAUUUAAUAAAAAUAUGUUUUAAUUUGUAGCCCCAGAAUUGAACUCAGUGUUCUAAGUGGCAUUUAAGUGAUCUGCAGUGUGUCAUUACCUCUACUCUCACUAGCCUGCUCAUGGUGGACACAGACCCGAUACGUAAUGUCCAUUAUAAGCAGCACAUUGUACAAUUUAACACCUCAAUCUGUUUCUCCUUGCAGUGUCCUGCCAUCCACCAAUAUCACAACUCCCUUCUGGUCUCCUGUACCCACUUUCCUGCUCCUCGCAGGACUCCAUCUUAUUGGGUGACCAAGUUGAAACUGGGGAACCAGCUGCUGGCAGUAACGUCAUGAAGAAGAAAACUGUCCUUACCAUUUUCGGGUUAGUUCUGGUCUACUUAGUGACCGGAGCUUUGGUCUUCCAAAUGCUUGAGCAGCCCUUUGAAACACUGCAGCAGAGCAAGCUUGCCGAGCAGCGCAGAGCAUUUCUUGAUAUGCACACUUGUGUCAAUGAGGACAACCUGGACGACUUUGUGGUGGUAAGACUAAAAGACGUUGUGCUUGAGCUCUACAGGGGGUGAGUUAAUGUGAUGUUUGUACAGUUUUUGUAGCAAAGGGGCUUCUUUGCUCUGUAGUGCUUUGCUAAUGGGGAUUAAGGAAUGCCUUGCAUGGCUGCCAUAAGAGGGAUGAGUGAAAUUCUGCAGGUCUUUGGCAGGAGAAGGGUUAAAUGACCCUCUGGCUCUGCAGCAGGUGAAGGAAUCCCUGAGUUCAGGAGCGGACAUCACAUCCAAUGAUACCAACGUCACUACGCGCUGGGACAUCGGGAGCAGCUUCUUCUUUGCAGGCACCGUCAUCACCACCAUCGGUAAUGGUCACAUGAUCUGCAUGGGGAAAGGGAUGUAUAUAUUAUUUUUUAUUUUUAUAUAUAUAUAUAUCAAUAAAAAUAGAAACAAUACUCUACCUUACGGUGAUAUUGAUAAAGGUCCAGGUGGGGUUGAAAUGUCUAUUUAUUUGAUGUAAACCUGUAUUUAGAUUUAUACAGCACGUUUGGUUUAAAGUCCUGAGAGUAUACCUAUUCAUUCAAAAGUAUAUAUAUAUAUAUAUAUACAUGUCUAUAAAAUAUACAAUAUAUACAAGCACUGUAUUUAUACUUUUGGACAAAAUAAUACCUGAUCCUACUAAAAGUAAAUGGCUAUUAUAAAGCUGCUGUGGAUUCUUAAUAAAAAGUAUAAUUGUAGCAAGUUUUGUUUGCCCAACUAAUGUUCUUCUUUUUCAUUGUACGACAAGAGCUGAGAGGUGUAUAAAAUACCAUGCCAGCUACUUAAUGUUGGAGAUUUUCCACUCAUUGUCUUCCUUACAUGUUCCUUUGUUUAUAUGUUCCUUCCUUAUAUGUUUCCUAUGUUCCUUCUUCUCUUUCCAUUUCUCAAAUGAAGCUCACCCCACUGCAUCUGUCUACCACUCCAUCAAGGGUGCCCAAAAGGUAGAUUCCCAGAUAUUGUAUUCACAUGAUCUGGGAUCAACUCACACGAUGCUUUGCAUGCCUUUAGAAUGCUUAAAAAUGACAAAGUAUCGUGGAAGCUGUAGUUCUACAACUUCUGGGGAACUACCUUGUGGGCACCCCUGAUCUAUGUCUACCACUUCAAUACUUCACUAGUAUGUACAUCUUCCACCUCCACCACCUCUUUCAUCUUAGUUGUUUCCUCUGCUUCGCUGUUUCAGGAUUUGGGAAUAACUCGCCUAAGACAGAGGGUGGUCGCAUCUUCUGUAUUUUUUAUGCAUUGGUUGGAAUCCCACUCUUUGGAAUUCUAUUGGCUGGAGUAGGAGAUCACUUGGGGUCCGCUCUUCGUAAAGGGAUUGGAAAAGUGGAAAUGAUAUUCUUGGUAAGACCGUCGUCCCCUUGUUUGUUUUCUUAAUGAAGGGCCAAAGUAUCUUAUAGUUCUUAAUAACUUUGUUUUAGCUACAAAGGUCUGUUUUAGUUAAUUAUCUGGGAAACAAUUGUAUUGUAGUAAAGAAUAUGGAAGCAGAAUGCUAUGGCAGAGAUAGUUAUGUAAGCUCAUCUGUCCAUUUAAUGCUUCAUUUGAUCUUGUCUUCUAUAUAAGAUGCCUCUAUUUCAAUUCAUAAAUACUAUAAAUCAAACCAUCUUAAAUGUAUUUCUGUAGCCAGACUAUUCUAUAUCUAUUUAUCAUUGUCAUUCAAGCCUUCCAGAAUAUCUAAUUGCUCUGACCACUAAACUUUAGUUCAACUAGCAAAAAGUAUUCACUAGUGACCCCCCCUUCUUCUCUGUCCACAUCCAGGGGGGUUUUACGGAGAUGCAUUAGCUCAUUUUAUCUUGCAGACAGCUUGCUCAUCGAUAGGCCGUCUUGAAAUUUAAUUUUUUUUUUAGCUUUGGAAAUUAGAUUUUGAGUUGAGCUUAGAACACUGUGCAGACAGAAAGUCACCUGGGACAGAGUGGGGCGUUGUAUGUGAAGUCUUAUAUAUGUAGGAGAGGAGAAAACCAAAUUAUUAUUCUUAUUAAUUAUAAAGUGCAAAUAUAUUCGCAGCACAGUUCAGUUAUGUACAGUUGCGGAGAGAUAAGUGAACUAUUUUUGGUGAACACUAAAGGAAACAGGUUUGAUUGUGUUUAGAAGUGUCUGUGUGUGUGAGCAUUUACACAAAAUAUGCAUGAGCCAGGAUGGAUGUUCUACAUAAGAAAAAGGUCUUAAAGUAAACACAGAGUUUUGUUAAGAACAUUUUACAAUAAGUAAAAGUAGCAGUAAUAUAAUCACUUGUGCUGUUUAUUUAUAAAUCUGCUAUAUUUGACAUUUCUAGAUUAAAGUAUAGUGAUGUGUUGGUAUGUAAAAACAGGUCUCAAAGGACCAUUGACGUCAUAAUACAACUUUGCAAAAAAGGUGAUUGCAGCAGAACUGAAACGGAUAUUAGUGUAUUCACUAAAGCGUGGAUUAAAAGUGAAUUUAAAAAAAUCUAAGGCCAAAGUAGCCGAUCUAAAAAGUAUUUAGAAAGUACUUUUCCAAUUUGGCCAUUUUGACCUUAAAUUUGCUAUUCACUCUGAAUGCUCACCUUAGUAGUUAAUCCUUUUAAUAUCAGCCUCACCCCAAGCGUGUACCAGCAUGUCUGGGUCUUUCACUAGUGGCAAUCAUCAUGACAAUAUACAGGGAUGAAUGGGACUCUAUUUAUUCUCCAGAUUUUGUUCGGAUGUACAGUAUACUGUGAAAAUAACCAAAUUCCGACCGCAAUAGCAAUUCUCACAUUUACUAAAGUUGAAUACGGUCAGAAUUCUGUCGGCUUGAGCAUAUCUGUUGCAAUCAUCCAGAUUCAUUCUGUGUCUGGAUUAAAAAUUACGUUUUUGUAUCACAAUCAUAAACAAAGUUUGUUUUGGAAUAUUUACAAAGCACCAGUUUUACUAAAAUUUGGAACCGAAUGCAUCCAGCAAGAUGCACAAAUUUAUCGUUCACGUGCUUUUUUGAAAGUGAAUUAUAGUCUGAAGUACUAUUGCCAAACAGUUAAAUAACCCUUGGUGCUGCAACGAUUAAUUAUUUUUGUAACUGGCUUUUCCCAUGCAACAAGUGGCGAAUAUCUUCUAAAUGUUUGAAACUUGCGACGGUACAGUCAUUGCUGCCCUGUAGCUAGAAAUGCCAGGUGGACAGGUAUUUAAUAAACAGAAAACGGGGGGACAUUCCUGUAAGAGUUCCACGCAGAAUGAGACUUGAAAGCUGGAAAAGCCUUUAUAAAGGCUUUCCCACUCUUUUUAAUUCCCAUGGGAGUGCCCUGAUUGAUUGGCUUAUAAGUCAACCAAUGAGAGCGCUCUGAUAGACAAGUCUCACUUUGUUAGAGACUUGUUGUGGAAAUAACCCUGACAGUUUCACCCUGACAGUCUCAUGCUCACUCACUCUUUAGAGAGAGUGACUGGGAGCUGAGUUCAGACACUUAACCUGUGCCACCAAUGCCCCAACCCUUUAAAAUAAAUAACCUCUUGAUCAUUGCAUUGCUCUAAGUAUUUUUCUCAUUCAAUAAUUUUGAGGGAGAGAAAGCCUUGGGUGUUAAUAUAGACAUUGUACUAUCACCACUUGUGUCUCCAAUGCCCCCCAUAAAAUAAGGUGAACAAGCAGCCAUCUACAUUUGGCUCUCACUUAGGCCUUGAGUUAAUUAUUUAGUCAGAAACCAGUUGCUAAAUAUUGACUGUUUUAUGACUACUGUUGUUUCCAACUCUGACUGGAUUUUAUUUCCGUACACAGUUUGGCUGUUUGAAAUAAAACCACCACUAUAUGUGCAUUGAAAGGACAUUUAUCUGCCUUUUUCAUGUCUAGCCCUGUUAUAAAAAAAAAAAAAAAUUAAACAAAAGCCUAUGUGAGUUAAUAUGACACACAUAUUAGGAUAAAGUGGUUUGAAACAUCCAUUAUGCCCACACCCACCAUGCCUCAUUUAGGGGCACACCUACUAAACAGCAAGCAACCAGUGUUUUCUCACUGUCAUAAAAAAGUAGCUCUCCAGUCGCCAAUAUAAUAAAGAGGAAACCUGGGACAGGUCCCCUGCGCCACCAAGGUGGGGCUAUAUUUACAGAGGGGGAAUACUAAGUCAUGCACACACACAUAGACACUUAUACACAGACACUGACCCAUUCACACACAUACACUCACACAUAAACACUGCUUCCUGUAAGACCAGGGUGAUGAACAUAAGAUCCUCCACUGCGGUCCUGGCUCAGCCGUGCUGGGGGGGAGAAUGAGACACAUGGAGGGGCUCGGAAUUAAGAGACAACAUGGAGGGGCUGAGUGUGAGGUAACAAGACACAUGUAGGGGCUGAAUGGGCUGAGACAGAUGGAGGAGCUGGAGGGGAUGAGGGACAUGGAGGGCUGUGGGGGAGAAGAAGACACAUGAAGGAACUGGGGGGAAUGAGACAAAUGGAGGGGCUGAGGGUGGGGUAAUAAGACACAUGGAGGGGCUGAGGGUGGGGUAAUAAGACACAUGGAGUGGCUGGGGGAUAAUGAGACACAUAGAGGAGCUGGGGGUAAUUUUGAGACAAGUGAAGGCGCUAGUGGGGAAUGAGACACAUGGAGGGGCUGAGGGGGGGAACGAGACAUCUGGGGUGGCUGAAGGGAGGGGAUGAGACACAUGGAGAGGCUUUGGGGAAAUGAAACACAACGAAAGGCUGGGGGGAGGAAUGAGACACAAAGUGGGGAUGAGGGAAAUGAAACACAAAAAGGGGCUGGAGGAAAUUAGACAAUUGAAGGGGCAGAGGCGUAACUAGAAACCACUGGGCCCUGGUGCAACAAUUGUCCCGGGGCACCCCACACACAUUUGUUUAAUUCUCUCCUCCAUGUGUCUAAUUUCCUUCCCCCGCCCCCCCAUGUGUCUCCUUCCCUCCCCCCAGCCCCUCCACGAAUCUCAUUGUCUCCCUCUCAGCUACUCCAUGGCUCAUUUCCCCGCUCUUCCCCCAGCCCCUCUAUUUGUCUAAUUUCUCCACCCCUCCAUUUACCUCAUUCCCUCUCCCCCAUUGAGCCUUUCUUAAUCCCCUCACUUCCCAUCCAGCCCUCAUUAUCCCCAUCUCAGCCCACAUCCAGCCCUCACUCCAUAUCUCACCCCACAUCCAGCCAUCAUUAACCCCCUUAUUAUCCUUCCAGUCCUCAUUAACCCCCUCAUUCUCCUUCCAGUCCUCAUUAACCCCCUCGCCCAGCCCUCAUUAACCCUCCUAACCCCACACCCAGCCCAGCACAGUGCUCCCCCCUUGCCUGUCACCCAGCGACCGCGGGGCCCAGGCCAGUGCGGCAGUGCACCAGCCUUGAAGUUGUGGUGGCCCAUGGUCGGAGUGGCGGGCCCGGUUGCAGCUACGACCGUGGUAGGUACGCCACUGGGCAAGGAGAAGAAAGACACACACGGAGGGUGGGGGAAGACACAAAAAGCCAGGGGGGAACAAAGAGGGGGCUGUGGAGGAGAAAAAACAGACAGAGGGACUGAGGAAGGCAAACAAGAGACACGCAGAGGUGGUGGGGCAGAAGGAAGAGACACACAAAAGGGCUUGGAGAAGUGGAGAAAGAAACAAAGUGACUGGGGCUAAGAGACACACGUGCAUUGGGAAAAAGACACACAAAAGGGACUGAAAGGGAUAGAGACAUACAGAGGAGUUGGGAGGAAGUAAAAGCUUCACCUGUGUCUCAUUCUCUCCCAGUAGCUCAGUUCUUCAGCACAAGAGUCUAUGCUGAAGAGUUGAGUGACAGGUGAGAGAAAGACGUCAUAUUAAAGGGACACUAUAGUCACCAGAACCACUACAGUUUAAUGUAGUGGUUCUGGUGUCUGUAGCCUGUCCCUUCAGAGAAAAGGCAUUGUUUACUUUGCUUGCUAGUAACAUCUCUAGUGGCAGUCUCUCAGACGGCCGUUAGAUGUGCUUUGUAGUCCAUUGCUGCGCAGUGUGCAGCACCUACAUUGAGCAUCUCCACCAGGGCGCCCUGUGCGAAAAAUCUUCACAGCCCCCCCUCUCCGUCCCCCCCCCCGCCAUCCAUGUAUAGUGUGUGUAUAGGAGUGAAGUGAUUGUAUAGGGGUUUUAUUAAAUUAAUAAUGAUUUAAAAACAAAUUUUCAUUCCUCCUUUCCUGUUGUUACCUAGUUGGGAGAGGGGCAUGCUGAUCUGAAUCUGGUCUGCCCCUCCACUGGGUACAGACCAUGCGUAACUGUCUCGCAAGCUCAGGGACUUGCGGUGUCCUGUGGUAAUCUGCAGCAGCGCUCUGAUUAUCCUGAGCUAGGAAGACAGCUACUUAUGGUCUGCAGCCAACAAAAGUGCAGGCCAGAAGUGCCAGACUGCCUCCCCUACAUUACAGAGGAGCAGACUAAGUAUGUCACAUAAUACUGUGAGUGGUUUUGCUUUGGAGCUCUGGAUUAUACUUACUUACCUUGACCUCUUUGGAAAUAACAUUUUGUAGUAAUGCGCUACUUCUCCAUUUAUCACAGAGCUUCACAACAAUAAAACUCCCAGUAAUGUGGAGCUCUGUGUCAAGAUCAUACACUAUACCACAAUAUAACUCUAAGUAAUGUGUCUAUUAGUGUAUCAUCGAGCUCCCUAACUAUAAAACAGAGUAAUGUGCAUUUUAUAUACCAGAGCUCCACUGUAAUACAUCUCACUAUAAUAUGAUGUAAUGUUUUUGUUGUCUGUGUAUGUGAUAGGUGUGAUGAUGUGUGUGAUAUGUAUGCUAUGUGUUGGCUGUGUGUGAUAUUUGUAAUGUGUGUAUUAACUGUGUGUGGUAUACGUGUAUUGGUUGUAUGUGAUAUUUGUGCUGGGUUUAUUGGCUGUGUGUGAUGGGUAUUUAAUUCAGAUAAAAAUAUGCAUUUAAGCCUAUGUGUGAAUGCAGGUGUAUAUUUUUGCAGAGUUAUGUGCACACAGUCCCGCAGUCAGAUGCACAGUUAUACAUAUACACUGUAAAAUCUACCACAUGUACACAGUCGCAGGCAGAUAGUCGCAGAAACACACAGGUACAGACAGUAACACACAUACACAGUUACAGGCAGAUAAACACACUCACACACAAUUACAGGCAGACAACCACACACAGGCAGACAGCCACACACACAGUCUUGUAGUCACACACACAGGCAGACAGCCACACACACACACACACACACACACACACACACAGGGAGACGUAGAAACAUAGAAUGUGACGGCAGAUAAGAACCAUUUGGCCCAUCUAGGCAGUCACACACACACACACACACACAGGCAGUCACACACACACACACACACAUGCAGAUAGUCUCACACACAGGCAGACAGUCUCACACACAGACACAGUUAGACAGUCACACACACACACACACACAGGCAGACAGUCACACACACACAGGCAAAACAGUCACACACACACAGGCAGACAGUCACACACACACAGUCAGCCACACACACACACACACACACACACACACAGGCAAACAGUCAUACACACACACACGGGCAGACAGUCCACACACAGUCAGCACACACACACACACACACACAGGCAGACAGUCAAACACACACACACACACACAGACAGUCACACAGGCAGUCACACACACACACACACACACACACAGGCAGACAGUCACAUAGACACACACACACAGUCAGACAAUCACACAUAGUUACCUAUGUUCCUUAUGGAGGUGGAAGUAGUGCAGCUCCAGAAGACUGGUUGUUGGGGGAAGCAGGCACUCCUUCCUGCUUCCCCUGCAGCAGUUACCGGGAACUUUUAGCUCCCCCCUGCUGCACGGUAAGCCCUACCCCCGCCCCAAUAGUCUUUUUUUUAUUUUUUAUCCCGGCCGGCCAUGUGUGAGCUGUGUCGGCCGCACACCGCCCCCUGCUCCAAUGGCAGCCUGUGCGGCCGCACAGCUCACACACCCCUAAGGCCGGCCCUGAUCUCCACGCUCUCCAUGGAGGCGCUGAAUUCUCUCAAUAGAGAUGCAUUUUGCCACACGUGCGUAGUAGCCUCCUAAUGCUUUCCUAUGGGAAAUCAUUGGAUUGGCGGAGAUCAUCAAGUUUGAUGAUCUCAGCCAAAGUGAAGAGAACACUCAUAGAACUUAAAAAUAAACAAGAAAACAUUAUUGUUUACAGCUGUGUUUCAGCAUACAUUCACCAUUUCAGUCCCAUUACCAAACUAUUCCUAAUAUGUCAAGUUUGUUGGACUGAAACAUUGAUUAUAUGCAAAUGCACGUCUGUUUUAAAUAAUCACCCUCAUAUCACACAUAGCAGUAAUCACCCUCAUAUCACACAUAGCAUGUAGUCUAACCUACACAGCAGAACUGUCCAUACCAGCAAAUAACAUGUUACAUGCAAAUUGUCCAGAUGCAUUCACGUUCCAGCUUGUUUAUCUGUUUAUUUCAUUGUUUAGUAAUAUGUAAAACACUACAGAGGCAUACAUUCCAACGACUAGCACAAUUCAUAUAAGCAGCGCAACUGGCGCUAAUAAACACACCUGCUGACUUGGAGUUAUGGCAUUUUGAUAGCAAAUAUAUAUAGGGAGACCCGAGCCCCAAAAGCGUAGUGUAUUUAAACUUAAGAAACUCAAGCCCUGACCAAAUAUGACUAUAAUAUCAGUGUAUUUGUACAGCUGAAACUGCAAUGUUACAACUGCUGAGAUUCUUGGACCAUGGUUACUUUAAUGCUUUCUUUAGGUAUAUAAGCUUGCCGAUCUCACACGAUGCCUCAGGCUAGUCGCACUGAUUUAGCUUAAACCGUAUCGUUAAUAGUUCAUCUGCUGUAUCGUUACCUUUUUCACUUUUAAAAAAUGUAUGCAUCUCCAACUUGCCACAAUACUGUUAUCAUAUGUCUAUAAAAAAAAUCGAGCCUGCUAUUGCUGUUGUGGCGACACAGGCACUGUUGUAACUACCCGCAUAGCAAAAAUAAAGAAUUAAAAAAAAAAAAAAAAGUGCUCUUAAGGUACAAAAGCUAUAGCUUGCUCCCACCUGCUGAACAAAAAUCAUUGUGAUUUAGUUUAGAUUCUAACAUGAUGUGGCAUUUAAUUUCAGUAUAGAAAAUACGUUUCUAAGUUUAUAAAUUAUGUGGGCUGUUCUGACAAAUUAAUUAGCAAUGACAGAUACCUGUCAUUGAAUUUAAAGAGUUAGAAAACAAUAGUUGAUUUUGAGAAAUUCUCCAACCGUGUGAAAUUUUUACAUAAAUUUUGCAAAUCAGUUUUAAAUUACCUACAGUUCAGUGUUUAAUGAACAAUUACCACAUAUUUAAAACCUCAAUUUUGCUCACCAAGCAUUUAACUAAUAACAUCUUAUUUUCAUAUAUUAAAUUCAUUAAACAAAAUUCAAAAUUUCAGCAUAAUGCUAACUCACUUACCCCACCAGCACUUAUCACCAGCAAAUACAAAGUUGCUAAUUACAGUGACAGGAGAAUUACUUGUAUGAGGGUUCUCCUGCUCCCAUAUCACUUAACUGUCAGCAACACUAUCUAUGCUAUGUUGGAUAUUGAUUAACAGAUAAGGGACGGUAUCAUACCUUUAUACAGCUUUUUAAUAAAUCUAUAAAUUUGCUAGAAAUUAUUUAUUAUUUUGUUUACUAUGACAGAUAAAUGUUAAAUGUGCAAAAGAGGAUUGUUCUGAAAGGUGUAUCUCUUUGAAAGUCAAGCAUGUACCAAAAUACUUAAUGGUCCUGUUUUAAUUGAGCAUUUGUAACAGAAGAGAAGUUUAAUGACCCAGUAUUAAGUUUUUGUAAAAUAUAUUGAAUUGACCUGUAUUAAGUGUCUGUAGCUGAGGAGACAUGUAAUGAUCUUGCAUUGAGUGCAAGUACUAAAAAUUUAAUGACCUCUAGUGACCUAUAGUUUGUGUAACAGAUCACGAGGUUAAUGACCCUAGAAAGGUGGACAAAGUAACCCAAAAUACUUAAAUAUCAACUAUAUAGUAAGGACUAGGACAGGGGUAGGCAACCUACGGCACUAGUGCCAUGUACGGCACUCGAGGUGCCUUUGCACGGCACUCAAGGCUGCUACAGCCAAACAGGCUCUGGCCUAUCAGGAGUCCCAGUAAAACUUCAGAUAUCUGCUAAUACGAAGAGGUGGUGAAGGACAAUCCUCAAUUUAUGCAUUGCAGCACGUAGAGGAAGUGAUCUCAGAGCACUUCAUUCCAGCACUUGUGAAUGGGAAUCCGCACAGUAGUAGAGCAGCUCGCAGUUGUUGUUGCAGCUCCUGUCCUUGACCUGUACCUGGCCAGCCUGGUCCCCACUGGAACCCAGGGAAGCCACCCACACUGCUAGAUAUACACAGAAAUGCAGAAUAACCCUCCCCUCGUACAAAUAAUACGAACAGCCCACACACAAAUAUACACACAAUCCGAACAAACUGAACACCACUGACAAUCCACAUACAUGCACAAAACCCCACAUGCAGCCUCUCAAAUGCUUUACCCCAAACAGCCCCCCCACACUACCAAACACACAAUGUGACAUAUCCAUCCACACACAAUUCCACAAGCUGCCCUCAUACACAGCCCACAUUCAUAUGUAUCAUACACAACACCACAAACUACUCCUGACCAUAUACAAUAUAAUAGCUCAUAUACACACAAAUACAACGAUACAAAGCAAUUACAGUAAAAAUAACACAAGCAGAAUACGGCAGCAUACACACCUCAAUUUAAAAAAAAAAAUAGGAUCGGCACACUACGGGACAUCACAAUCCUAUAUCGGCACAGUGCUGCUUAAAGGUUGCCUACCCCUGGACUAGGAUAACCCCUUGCUAUAUACCACCAUAUGUACAAUAUAUGUGUAUAUGUAGGAUAUCACCUUCUCUUUAGUUAUUCAAAUUUAUUAUCAUGCCAUUAAAUUUAUGUAUGCACACAUAUAACCUUAAAUGAACACUGACAGGACUGUAGACACUAUAAGAUUCAAUAAGAGGAAGUUGUUAUAGUGCCUACAGUGUUCCUUUAAGGUUGUUUUAGCACUAUAGCGCUAGGGGGUGGACUUCUGAACACAAACAGCACAUGAAUCCAAACAGAACAUUUUACAGACUUUAAUCAGUAAUCGUAACAAAUGCAGCAGCAAAUGUGAGUCAUAUCACAAUGUGACUGAUGUGAGACAUAUGUCUAUAUCAAACAUUGUGGCCAAAUCUAGUCUGAUGAGUUACCUUUCUCUCUGUUUAUUCUAUAUAAACAAAUAUCGAUUGGAAGAAAGCCAAUGAGUGGAUCCAGCACACAAUGUCUACUGCAGCUUUUGAACAUGAUAAGGAGUUUGUCAUUCUAUGGACAGACAACUUGUACCUGUUUAACAGCCAGGGAAUAUGAAACUAUUUCAUGAACACCAGGUAGUCAAAUGCCUUCCAUAGCCCAUCCAAUUCCCUGAUUUAAAAAUAACUAAAUACAGUAUUAAUCUUUCAUCAAAGUGGAAGCAUCUCUUCUUGAUGUACACACAGUUCUUUUGUGUGACAUCACUCACUUAAAAACUGAAGAAGAUAUAUAGAUAAGGUGAUCAUUGUCCUUACUAGGUAGUUGAUAUUUAAGUAUUUUGGGUUACUUUAUCCACCUUGUGAUGUGUUUCAUAAACUAUGGGUCACUACAGGUCUUUAAAUAUUUUGUGAAUACACUCAAUAUAAGAUCAUGCCUCUUCUGUUACAGACACUCAAUACAGAUCAAUUUAAAGUAUUUUACAUAAACUCAAUAACGGGUCAUUAAAUGUCUCUUCUGUUAUAUAUGCUCAAUUAAAACAGGACUAUUAAGUAUUUUGGUACGCGUUUUGACUUUUAAAGAGAUACACGUUAUAUUGGUCAGAAUUAGCUUUCCAAACAACCAUCUUUUGUAAGUCUAAAGAUUAUUUGUCAUGGUAAACAAAAUAAUAAAUAAUUGCUAGUGAAUUUAUAGAUUUUAUGAAAAAGCUGUAUAAAGGUAUGGUCCCUUUCCUUAUCCGUCAAUCAAUUUCCAGCAUAGUAUAGAUAGUGUUGUUGACAGUUAAGUGAUAGGGGACCAGAGGAACCCUCAUACAGGUGAUUCUCCUGUUCCCUGUCACUAUAAUGAGCAACUUUGUAUUUCCUGGUGGUUGGGGUAAAUUAUAGAUGAAUGUCCCCUUAAAGGAACAAAUUAUGCUGAAGUGUGGCAUUCUUUUGUUUAAAGAAUGUUAUACAUGAACAUGAAAAAAGAGUGUAUUUAAUACGAUUUUCAAAAGCUGUAUAAAGAUCACAUUUUCUUUCCACUUUAUUUUUUCUGACAAACUGCACUUGGCAGCUUGCUAGAGAAUUCAGGCCAGAAUAUCAAUCAGCUUUGGUUUAGACACUUGCUGAUGACCAAUCAGUAUGAAAUACGUGAUGCUCAUGGAGAAUCAUACACUUUAUACCGUCAACACAUUUCAAAUAUAAUGGCAUUUCAGUUUGUAAUGCUGUCUCUACUAAUUGCAAACCGAAAUGCAGACUGGUAUUAGAAAUUACAGUUGCCUGUGCACGGGAACCCCCACUGAACAGCACUUUUAUACCUACAUUUCAAUUUUCCAUUAAUUCCGUAGCCCACUACAGCAUCCCCACCUCCCAUACACACACAGAUCGGGAGCUUCUGCACCCCCUGCUCCCGCCAGACAAAGAUUACCCAUACCCCUUCCUCCCACAAACAGGAAUCCCAGAUCCUCAUAAUUGUUAACAGUAGAGAGGUCCUGUAAAGUCAACAGUCACCUCAAAACUAUUUUUAAUAUAAUAAUACUUUCAUCAAGUAUAUAUAGAAAAUGAGAAAAACUCCCCCCCACCUUUAGUCUAUGACAGGAUCCUUCAGCCAUAUACAUACACCUUGGGACAGACAGUGUUUGACUCCGACAGUUAGUCUCUAUGGUCUCCCCCACUUCAUUCCCUGCACAGAAGCAUAACGACUAUCUGCCACUUUUCAAACAGUGUCGGACCCUCGGUGAAUGUGUAUGGCUGAAGGAUCCUGUCAUACACUAAACAAUAACUUGUUUUUCUCAUUUUUACAUAUGCUUCAUUUUACAAAAAAAAAUCUAUUUCCUUUCACAACUUGAAAGGAUUAUUAUAUUAAAAAUAUGUUUAAGGUUAAUAUUGUCCUCCCCAUCUAAAAUUAAUCAUACAGAUUUAGACAAAAUAGACAAAAAACUUUUUUUUUUAAAUUAAAGUAAGGCGCUACAGAGUUUUCAUAUGAUGCAAAAUGUUUUUUUCAUGCUCAUUACAUUGUAUCUAAAUAAGUUGUUAGUGAUUUCAUUUCCUAAACCCUUUACUAUCCUUUAAAAGGAUUAACGUGCCACAAGCAAUAGAGUUAAAAUAAUUACCUUUUAAAAAAAGCACAUCCACAACUUACUUUGUUUUGCAUAAUUGUAACCGGGUGUAAGAACAGUCACCAAAAUAUGGUUGAAUAAACAGCCAUCUGCUUCUAUUCACAGCUCUAAACUAAGCCGUAUUACGUCUACACGGAAAACAAAUGAGAUCUAUUAUUUAUAUAUUCAAGGAAAUGUAUGUGAGAUAAACAAGAUCUCCUCUGGAGUGUAAGCUCAUUUGAACACUCUCGUUCCUGUUUGUGGAAUUUGUAUUUUCCCAAUUACAGGUACUUGUUUCUCUUGUUUACGUUUUGCAAAGCGCUACUUAAUAUGCUAGCACCUUAUAAAAACUAAUCAUUAACAUAUACUUUUUUAUAGACCAUGUUAAGGAAUCAAAAUAUUUAGCUACAAUCCAUUAGGGACUGACACAUUUUUCUCACUUUUUAAAUUAGAAUCUUCAUUGUACUAAACCAACUGUAUGAUUUUAGCUAAAAUCAUACCUUCACAUAUAGGGAGAAUUAUAGCACAAACAUCAUGGGUUUUCUCUAGGCUGCAUAAUAAAAAGAACUAGGAUUUGCAAAUUUUAGGACAAAACAGAGACCUUGUUAAAAUUCCACGUUAGUUAUAGUUACAGCAUAGCUAUUCUGGCCAUAAUCCCUACUUAAGGGAAACUACAGUGCCAGAAAAACAAACUUGUUUUCGUGGCACUAUAGCUUUCCCCUUUGUUAAGCCCUCUCACCCCUGUGGUGCAGAAGGGGUUAAAAACCCCUUCUGUCACUUACCUGGGUCCAUCGUCGAUGUCCCUCGCCGACUCCGCUCCUCCCCCACCGACAUCAGGGGCAAUGGUCGCACUCACAUUAGGAUUUCCCCAUAGGGUUUUGCAUAGUGUGAAGACUUCUAGCGUCUGUUCGGCGACCAACAGUCUUGUAGACAGCCACUAGAGGUGAAGUUAACCCUAGCAGAUAUUUAUUGCAGUUUCUCAAUAAUUACCUACUCAGGGUUAAGGGACCUGGGGCAAUGCACCCAGACCACUUCAAUGAGCUGAAGUGGUCUGGGUGUCUAUAGUGUCCUUUUAAUUCUUUACAAUUCGCACUUUAGUAAAUAACUCCCCACAGAGUUCAGAAUUUCCAUACAAAAAUUAACAUCAUAUUCAAUGUUCAAUCAACAUUAAACCUAAUAUUCAGAUUAAAAUUGUUCUAUGAUCUUACAUUAAAACAAACAAAAAAAAGUAUUAUGAGCAAUGUGUGAUUUUAUUGGCAAUUUUUAAAUAUUAAAAGCUGUAAUUCAGUUGACUUUACGUCACCUUAUAAGAUUUUUGUGUGCAGUAUUCAACAUACUGAAAUGUCAAUAUGAAAUGGUCACUGAAGGUAAUGUGACUGGGUCAGGGACCUUAUUGACCAUGUCUAUAAGACAUAGUUAAUGAUAUCUAGCUAUUUAAAUUAUUAGAUUAGUCAGUCGGUAGAAAGACCAAAUAAUUUAUUAACAAAUACAUAUAAUGUCUUUCAAAUACUUCUAGUUGUAGGUUUUUUGACUAUGGAGAACUCAUGUUUCUUCACAAAAAAAUAUUCUGAUCUUCUAGAGAAGGACUGGAGUGUACAAAAGAACAACACAUGGAUUUGCAUCCCAUAUUGAAAUUGUAAUUUUAAAAUAUGUACAUUUUAAUGCUAUGCAGCAAUUUCUCCUUUUUUGAUGAAAUCAAAGUGUUCAAUUACUCCACUAUUUCCAUACCAGCAAAGGAUCCUUCUAGAGUAGCGACUGUAUGGCGUGAUGAUUUUAAUUAUAUAAUAAUCUGUUGUCACUGCAUUAAACUAAUUUCUACUUUCCAAAAUUGGAAAGUAUGAAUCCAGCACAGGGUUGUAGCAGUCUGAGAGAGGACAUGGUAAUGGUGUGUAGGUCUGCCUACAAAAUGGAUGCACCUUCCCUUGGAGACGGCGAGUGUCUGACUGGUGUGUGUGCAUGCAUGUUUGACAGCAGCCAUGCAUAGAGUAUUGCUCCUGUGAAUCCAGUGGGAGAUAUGUUGGAAAAGUCUCUAUUUCAAGUAAAGCACAAGGCACCCCCACAUGUAUAAUAUGAUGGCUAUAUUAUAGUUAGUUAUAUAUAAAGUUAUCUUUUUUUUUUUGUUAAUCUUCUUAAACUGUUCUGCCCUUGUAUACAAUUAUAUUGAGUUGGUGUGUUCUCAUCCAUCUCUAGAUUUUCCUAAUUUGUGUUCUGUGUUCUCUAUGAAGCAGAGUGUUCUAGUCCAGCUCUUUGUGUUCCGGUACUAAUCCUGCUUUCGUACAUGAAUUCUGUUGAUGUAUCAUCCAAUCUCUUCUAUUUGUUAUUCUGCUAUCGGGAUUCUGUGUUCCAAAUUCUAGCUUGCAUAUCAUGGGUUUCUAUCUAUCACAGCCAUUGUAGAAAUGGACCCAGUCUAAUUAAAUUAACUAGUAAAGGAUAACAGUAUGCCAACUAUUUUUCUAAUUCAUACAUAUUUUUGUAUGUUAUUAAAAUAUUCAAUUUUCUUUUAAGUUUGCAGAAAGCUUCUCUCCAAGUAGAUAUAUUGGCCGUUAAUCCUAAUGUCCGUUAAUCCUAAAUUAAAAAUGACUGCUACACAAAUAAAAAUGUUAAACUUUUCUGAAUGGAAAAGUUUAUUCUAAGAUUGAAUCAUGUACUCAUUAAAGGCUCUUAUUUUUGUGGCCUAAUGGAUAUGCCACACCACUAAAGUAUUCUCCUGGUUUAUCAGUGCGAGUGUGCAGAGUCUCAGUGCUUUUAGAAUUAGAGACAUAGAAUAGCAAGUCUUUCAGCAGGCAUAAAUAAUGACCUUUGAAGAAUGCAUUCCACAGUGGAUUAUAUUUCCUUCAUAUAAUAUCAUUUGGCUUUGUUGAGCAACAAAACUAAAGAAAAUUGGCUUACUGUGUCUCCACACACACACACACACAUAUAUAAUUUUGCUUUUUAUUCUAAUCGUAUGAUUGUUCCACCGGAAAAGGAAUUAUGACAGAGAUUCCACAAAUACAAACAUGUAUUCCUAACUCUAUUGUGCUCUUGUAACUAAUUAGAUGACUGCCUCCCCAAAUACAUUUUUUUUAAAAAGCAUUUUACUAAUCUUUACUCCCCUGGUACACAGGUCCCCAGUGGUUGCCCCUCCUCCCCGGCUGAGAUCAUCAAUCCUAAUGAUUUCAGGCAACCAAAUGCUUCCUUAUAGCAUUGGAAGACUAGCAAAUUGCACCUCUAUGGGAAACAUAUAGUUUCUGUGUGCAGGAAAUCCCUUUAGUGGAUGUUGGACUUAGGCAGCAAUGUUUACACUGCUCAGCCUUUAGUAAUAGGCUGUAGGCACCAGAACCACUAUUUUAUUUAAUCUUCGCAACAGGCGAAGGCACAGGGAAAAUUGGCUGAGAGAGCAAGGGGUCACUGCCAAUAGAUCACGGGGCACUUGUAAUCUAUCCUAACAGUUGUGGGGUGUAGAAGGAUUGUACAAUGGGACUGGAGCAGCGAGACCCUGCUUUUGUCAGAUAGGUAUUUUAUAUACAGUGCAACAGCUAUAUGGCACUAUAUAUGUUGUUGAUGGUGUUUCCGUGUUGUUUAGCCAAGCCUGGCCACCUAUGAAUACACUAUGAAUAUGGCACUUAGCAAUUCAGAGCAGGAGAUCACAGAAUAUGUGCUAAUGUGUCAGUCUGGAGCUUCAUCUCUAGCAGCCCCUAUGAUAAUAUGGCCUUGGACUAAGGGGAUAUGAUGGUGAGAGUUAUGUUUGACUAAACAGAAUUGAGAGAAAUAUAUUUUACAGGAUAGAAAGGACUGGCAUAUGUAAUGUAAUACAAGUGGCCAAGCCGUAUAUGUAAUAUACACAUAUAUAACAAGGGAAAGGGCAGUGAGGCAAUUAUUUAUUUAUUUUUCAUUUGAAAAGUGAGAUUUUAUAGUUGACAAUAUAUUGUAGCAGUGUGCAACAAGGUUAAAGGUAUGAGAGCUACAGGUGUCUCGUUAAUGCUUUCACUGUCUAAUCAUAGUUUAGUUCAAAAGGAGUAGGACAAUUUUAAUUUUAGGAUGCAGAUCAUGGGACUCUGUGAAAGAUGUGACAAUGUCAGGUUUCUGUAAUACGAUUGGUGCACUGGUUUUGCAAUAGUAGGACUUUAUAGGUUAUAAUUGAUAUGAGGAAUUAGAAAAAAGCAUUGUUGGGAGAACUAGUCGUGAAAAAGAAAGGGGUAAUAUUAAUUCCAAAUAUGGGCGACAGGUCAGAGACAAGUAAAUACUACAUUUCUUAUCCAGGGCAUCUCUCAAAUUUAUAGUUGGAGAAAGAACUGAAAGGAAGUUGUAUUGAAGGCUUGGAAGCAUUAAAUAAAAUAAACCAUUAAAUAAUUUGAUUCAUUACAGAGGCAGAGAAUGUGUGCCACCACAAAAUUAAGUUUCACAUUUCCAAGUACUGUACUGCCUUUUCACUCACUGGAAAAAAGCUUAAGUGAUUCUUUGGCAGCACGGAUUUUGAGGAACUGAACACAAAACAAUGAACUAGAAUUGGAAAUGUAUUUCUAUAAUGUAGUAUGCUUCACAUUGAGAAUGUGUGUACAGAUAAAAGGAGAAGAAAGACUUUAUGGUACCAUAGAGAUGUGACACUGAUGUGCUUAAAGAAGAUAGCUCGGGUACAGUGCUAGCAGGCUCAGUCAACGAACAAAAUAAGAAUGUUAAAAGGCCAGACAGAAAGAAAUAAAGCAUAUGAUUAGAUGUACAGACAAAAGAGACAAUAGGCCAUAGUUUAAACCAUAUUUUCUAUUGCCAUGCCUCUCAGUGAACAAAAAAAAAGUAGGCAUUGUGGGUUUAUAAUAGCUUUGUAUUCCACAGUAUUGAGAGGAUAAGAUUGUGGGAUUCGGGUGAUAAAACUGUGUGAGGUGUUUAUAACAGAAAUGAGCAGAUAGUACUGUGUAAAAUAUACUGUAUAUAAAACAAGAUUGAGUGGGCAGGAUUGUGUGAAAUAUCUAUAACAAGAUUGAGGGGAUAGCAGUGUGUUAGGUUUAUAACAGGAUUGAGGGGAUGGGAUUGUGUGAGUUACAGUAUUAAAAUAUAUUCAGGGGCUAUAUCUCAGGGCCCUCUUACCUUUUGUACUGGUCUGCUUUUAUUGUGGUGUCUUUAUAUUGUACUGUGAUUGUCCCAAUUGAACAGCGCUGCGAAAUAUGUUGGCACUUUAUAAAUGCCAGUAAUGAAUAAAUACAAAUAAAUAUAUAACAGAAUUAAGAGGAUAGAACCAUGUGAGGUAUAAAAAAGGUAUGACUGGGGGGCGGGGCCUGACAGCCAGGAUGGCCGGAUGUGCUCUCUGAGAGCUCCUGCACCAGCGGGCACAAUAAUGAUGAUUCUGCAGAUUGCAAGCCACAGCCUGUUUAUGGCUGCCCACCGCUGGCAACCACGCCAGCGGCCGGAACAGCAAAACCCCAGCCCUCACCCAAGCCUGGAGCAAACCGCAUGGCAAGAAACUGAGGUGUUGGUGCCUGCCGCAAACCAUCACGCUGGGUCGUAGUGUGGACUACCCCCUGAUGCACACCAGCGGCAUAGGGUGAGGGAUCGCAACUGCCCGCAGCCCGGCUACAAGCUGUGAUAUAGAACAGGACUUGGGACACUCUCUCACUACCAGUGCUAACAGUAUGCCCAGAAACACAAACGCUUGUCAUCGUUAAAUUGGUCUAAUAAUUUAUAUAGUUUUUCAUGAGUGCCUAGCGGUAAUUACUCUCAAAUCUCACGUAGCAUGUAGACUAGCCAACACAGCAGAACUGCUCAUGCCAGCAAUUAACAUAUCACAAGCAUCUUGUCUAGCAUUUAUGUUUCUGUUCGUUUAUUAGUUUAUUUCUUUGUUUAUUAAUUUUAAUACGCUACAGAGGCAUACAUUUAAACACCUAAAAUGUUUCAUAUCUUAAGCGCAAUUAGCAAUGUUCUUUGCAAGUCUAGCUCAGAAUGGUAUACCAUAAAAACAACGUUUAUUAGCUUGCUAUCUUCAUAUAAUAUAAAUACGUGCCGUCUAAACUGUCACGAUUUAAAAAAUUUAAGAAAAUGCUUGUAGAUGCUGUCGUGGCUCUGCACGCCUGUUGUCAAUCUAUGCACAAGAUAAAUAAAGAAUUUUUUUUAAAAAAAGGUAUGACUGCAAGAGAUAGAGCUAACAUGAUUGGAGAGCUAGGAAUGUGAGAUAGAUAGACAGACAAACAGGCAUACAGACAGACAUAUAUAAAAAUAUUAAAAAAAAACAAUAGGGGUGGAUCUGGAAGGGAGAAUGAGAAGAAAGGCACAACAUAGUACUUAACUAUGUUGAUUUUAAAAUUGGUGUUCGAUACUAUUGGCCACUCACACUUUAAACGCCAAGUUCAAGCCUUUACAAUAUAUUUGAUGAUAUUGAUGAGUUUCUCCUGUUACUGUGUAACUUUAAUAGCAUUGGACCAUAGAUAUUAGAAAAAGAAAUUGCAAAAAUAUAGUGCAAAUACCAAUAAGGUGCAAAUAUAAUUUUAAUCACUUACAUAUAAGUUAAAAACAGCACAUGUGGUAGUAAAAAUACCAGUCCACCAGUCCUAUGCGUUUCAUCCCAGCAAAGGACUUCCUCAGGGACAAGAAGCUAUGCAAACCAAAAAUAGAAUAAAAUCCCUCCCUCCUUUUAAAUCCCCUUAAUAAGUAUCAAUGUAUUCCCGAUUGGUUUGUUAAUUCUUUUUAUACAGACAAACAAACAGACAGAUAGACUGCUUUAUGUAUUACUAGUGGUUUAUGUAUGAAUAGUGUGAAAUGAAAGGACGAUCAGACAUCCUGUAUAUAACAAGACAUAUGAGAGAGGACGAUGAAUAGGCCUGUGAAUAAAGGAGUUUAUAAUAUGGUUUAGUGGAAGGAUAAAAUGACUGAGAAUAUAUGGCCCUGUGUAUAUAACAGGGUUAGAAGAAAAGAGUUUUGAGAGAUGCAUGUCACAGGAUUAAGAGAAAUGAGAGAAUUGAGGGAAAUGAUAUGACUCUCCCACAGCAGAAUGUUAACAAUGUGUGAACAGGUAAUCAAUGCUUUAUUUUGAUCACUAUAUUUCUCUUUCUCAUACCAGAAAUGGCGAGUGUCUGCCACCAUUGUAAGAGUCAUUUCCGCUCUUCUCUUCAUCCUUAUUGGGUGCCUACUGUUUGUUCUCAUCCCCACCCUUAUCUUCCAGAAGAUUGAGGAAUGGACACUGUUGGAGGCUAUUUACUUUGUAGUCAUCACAUUGACCACCAUUGGCUUUGGAGACUAUGUGGCAGGUACUCAGUGUAUAUUGUACCCAUUCUCUGUCUGUCUAUCUAGUUAUCUAUCUAUUUUACUAUCUAUAAAAUAUACAUAAGUGUGAACCAGGUAUUAUGAGAAAAUAAACUUCAAAACUGAAGGUCAACUGAUUUCAUAAAUGUCUCCAGAACUCAGCGUUGCAUUAUUUGUCCAUUUUACACUCUUCAACAUCAGCGUACGCGAUACAUUUGAUUAGUGUGGGCACCUAGGAAUUCUUUCCCUAUGUUAUUGUUAAGUUUAUAUAAGAUGAAUAUUUGUUGAAUACUUAAAGGAAUACAAUGUAAGCUCAUUUAAGUUGUUAUGGGAAAGGAAUGCUUGGGUGCCGUCUUACCUUCAGGGGUUAAAUGCUGAACCCCGUAACUAAUCUCAAAUUCACAUUACUGUCAUGGUUGUUCAAUAAACUUUAUAUUGUAGCAAAUUUCCAAUUCACAAACUUAAGGCAAACAUAGCUGUUUUUGAUAAUUCUCCAACUCUGCUAUAGCUUUAAUUUUGCAGUUCAGAUUUCAACUUUUUAGUGCAUAACUCUGGGCUGUAUAUGUUUUAUUGUUUAUUUGUUUUUUUUUGUUGUGAGGCUGAUUAAUGAAAUAUUUAUUUUGUACAAAUGCUUAGCAGAGUUCCAUAGCUAUAAAACUCUCAUAUAACAUCAUUAUUUAGUAUUACUCCAUACUAGUGAAUGUCUCCCCAUCUGCACCAUGUAUUUUACCCAUGUCAUUCUUGCCCUUCUCUUUCCAUACCUUUAUUGUGUUCUUUUCUCCAAAGUUUUCCCCACCUUCAGUCCCUCUCUUCAUAUUCCCCCCCACACAUUGAACUUUCUCCAUAUUCUUCCCCUCUAUAUAUUCUCCCCCCACUUUCUAACCAACCUUUCAUAUUCUCCUUCCAUCUUCUAUCCCUGUGUCACUGUGACGGAGCUCCUGUACUCCGACUGAGUACCUCCGCCCAGUCUACUUUCUAGCUGUGACCCAGGAACACCUUAGCCCUGGUCGACGAAGCUUGACUGGGUUUCCCUGGAGCUCUUUCCUUUCAGGUAGGGAUCAUUCCCUCUACCUAUACCUCUGCAGAUCUUCUCCCAGGCAGGUUCUGUACCACUGGCUGCAAUGUGAUAGCUCUUGUCUUUAUAAAGACACUUUCGGCUCUCAAGCCUAGCUCUCUUUUUGCCCCCGGGCUAGAGGGACUGUGCAGCCACCCAGCUGGUUGUUAGAUUCUGUUACUAGGAUCCCUAAAAAGCCACACAGGACAGAGUUUGAAAAGGAACAUGCUUAGCUUUAUUUUCAUUCGGGACUAGCACAUAUACUCAAAACAUACAGUUGCAAGAAAAAGUAUGUGAACCCUUUGGAAUGAUCUGGAUUUCUACACAAAUUGGUCAUAAAAUGUGAUCUGAUCAUCAUCUAAGUCACAACAAUAGACAAUCACAGUCUGCUUAAACUAAUAACACACAAAGAAUAAAAUGUUGCCAUGUUUUUAUUGAACACACCAUGUAAACAUUCACAUUGCAGGUGGAAAAAGUAUGUGAACCCUUGGAUGUAAUAACUGGUUGAAACAAUCAUUAACACAAAAUAUCUCUAUUAGCAAUAUGCAAAUCUGCCUGAUUAUGCAAAUUAACAAGCCUUGCUAUUCAGGUAGUGCAUAUAGCUGUCUCUACCAAAAGAGGGAGCUAUACAAGCUCCAUAGCCAAAUCCGCCUAGUUGAUAACAAGCAUCAGCAAGGCAGGAGAGCACACAAAACAUUUAACCACAACCAAUUAUAUUAUACACACCCUGAACCUAUAAUGGGCACAAGGUGACUUAGACAUACGAGUAGACCAGAGUCCUACAUAAAGUGUUCAUCUGAAACUCCUGGUGAUGGUGUCUAUCGUCACAUUCAUCAUAUUCUCCCCCCCUCUUCUCUCCCUCUAUAUAUUCUUCCUCCACUUUCAAACCAUCUUUCUAUAUUCACCUCCCAUCGUCUGUCCCUGUCACAAUAUUCUCCCCCUCAACACUCUCUUUCCAUAUUCUCCCACACACACCUGCAACUUUCUGCGUAUGUCUUCCCACUUUCUAUCCCUCUCCUUAUAUUCUCCCAUCAUACCUUCAACUUUCUCAAUAUUUUCUCAAUACUCUCACUUAUUCUCUCUCUUUCCCCCCACCCACCAACUCUCUGUCACUCCCUCUAUAUUCUCCCCUCACACCUUUACCUUUCUCCAUAUUCCCUCUGUAUGUAUGCUAUUUGGAGUGUUCUUUAAAGGUUAGUGUUACAGUAAGUGUAAAAAUAGUGUAGGGAUUACUGCUUAGUGAUAGUGUUACUUUAGUGUUGGGGUGGUUGUUUAAUGAUUAGAGUUAUUGUUUAGUGAUGGUGUUAGCGUAGUGUAGGAGUUAAUGUUAACUGUAGUAUAUUAGAGUUAUUGUUUAAUUAUGUGUUAGUGUAGUGUAGGUGUUAAAGUUUACUGUAGUAUUUUAGGGUUGUGUAGGGGUUAAGGGUAUGGUAUUACAGUAAGGGCAGAACUGGGACUUACAUGUCCCAAUACUGUCUGAGACUAAUGGGACUUACAGUCUGGGAUGGAAUCUAUGUCAGUUUCUGUUGUAAAAAUGAUGACCGGUACAAUUUGGGAGUUUAUAUCCCAAUAAUUCUGGCAGAUCAGGAUAGGCAUAUCACGUUAUACCCAGGAUUAGGGCUUGAAUUGAGAUAUGUUUGAGAAAAAAGGCAAAUAAAGUACGGUAAGUGAAAGGUUAAAUAGUAGGAGAUGAAGAUGCCUUGCAGUUAAUUAUGGCCUGGAGGGUAAUGAAACUGGUUCAUGUUUAUACUAUAUGUUUAUAAUUGUUAUACAACCUGGAUUUUCAAAAGCAUGUAAUUGUGUAAUUUGAAUUCAUACAUCCUUCCAAUAUCAUGUCAAUAGAGUGAUAUAAUUUCUGUAUAGUGUGCAAUAACCUUUUUAUAUCAAAGUACACUCCUAUAAAUGAAUGCUGUAGAGAUUCAUGCUCCUACUCUGCAUUCCAGGAGAUGGAGCAGGCCUUGAGUACCAGUGGUACAAGCCGUUGGUGUGGUUUUGGAUAUUACUCGGCCUUGCUUACUUUGCAUCUAUCUUGACAAUGAUCGGAAACUGGCUGAGAGUCCUGUCCAGGAAAACUCGGGCUGAGGUAUGCUUGAAGGGUUUAUGACUAUUUGAUGCUGUAGUAUAAAGUAAUUCAGUGAAUCAAUGGUUAAAUGACCCCAUAUAGCCUUGCUUGUGCUGAACAGUUAGAAGAGUGAAUGUGUUGAAGAGUCAGCGCAUGAAGUGACACAGCAACGUUUUGACCUCAAAUGAGGGCUUUAUCAUGCUAGCUUCAUAAAGACCUGAUUUGAGGUCGAAACGUUGCUGUGUCCAUUCAUGCGCAGACUCUUCAAUAAAUAUGCCAUCUUAUCACCCUUGAGUGCCUGGAUCAUCUUUGAUUUCUUAGUUUUGUACAUGUGUGGCAAAACUGAGCAUAAAGAAAUGCUAAACCAAAAUAAGAACCCUGGAUAGAAUGAUGCUUCAAUUAGCUUUUGGAGAAGGCUCAUCUGGAUGGAUUAAUGGGUGGGUGGAUGGAUGAGUAUCUAACAAUUCACUAAGAUCUUCCUUCCCAUCACCACCAGCUGACACUUAUCAUUCCUGCUUGAUUUACACUGUGUGUAAACUAAACAACCCAUAAUUUAGAGCUUUCUUAUGAUUUCUUACAUUACUGCCCUUUUCUGCCAGUUUCCCAUUUCCAGUUUUGAAAGUACCCCCUUUAGAACAGAUAGCGAGGUGGUGUCUGCUUCUUAAUUUCAAGUGUAUUUGUAAAUGACUUAUGUGAUGUUUUCUUUGAAACCUUUUAGAUGGGAGGAUUGACUGCUCAUGCUGCAAACUGGACUGCUAGUAUGACUGCAGAAAUGAAACUCCCUCACCGCGGGCUUAGCCUCAACUUUCAGGAGAGGUUAAGCCGCCAGAAAGGGGGCAAGCGUCAACCUGGGGAAGAGCCUGGAGAUGGAGAAGAUGAUGAGGAAGAGGAGGAAGAAGAGGUAGAAGAUGAAGAAGAAGAAUCAAAAAGGGAACUCUCACAAAAUGUACCAGCUUCUACUCCUAUCAUCCCUCAGACACCUCCACUCACUCCUGUCUUAAAGGCAGACGAUGCAGGAAAGCGGCCAUUGGAGUGGGGUGAAAAUAUGGCAUAUAUAGAUGAAUCUUCUGAUACCCAAAGUGAGCGGGGAGUGGGAGAGACAGAGACAGAUGAGAAAGGUAGAAUAUCUAGGGGAAAGAGGAGAAGAAGGGGAGCAGGAAGGUUAAACAGAGGAGACGGUCAACCAGGGCCACGGAAUCGGGAUAAGGGAGAAAGCGGUUAGAACCUAGUUGACUAUCGGUGGAAAUUCACCUUUCCCAAAGUGCCACCCCACAUAUACUGUUACACUAUGACUGUUGUAUGCACUGCCAGUACAGACAAGGUUACCCAUUCAAAUCACAAUACCAGGAAAUCUGUAUUUAACUUAUACGUAAUUCAAUUGGCGACAGUGCAAGCCCCUGACCUCACACAACUGACUGCACUGUAAUGUAUAUGUAGCAAACUGUUGGUUUACUAUAAAAUGCACUUCUACACUCAAAACGUUCAUGUCAUUAAACAGGCAAUUUCAAAGCAAACCGUGCUAUUAAUUACAUUAAAAUAUAAAAUGCAGAGGGCAGG